GUCACAGUCUGUAAAGAUGGCGGCUAGAAGGAGCGCGAUAGUCCAAACUGAUAUAUUUGACCCUGAAUCUGAGGUUGAAGAGGGAGAAGAGCAGCAAGAAGAACAAGAGGAAGUAGUGCGAAUGCAGCCAGAAGUUACUGAAUGCUAAGUUUUGAUAUUUUUAAACGUUUCUGACAAUGUUUUUUCCAACGGAGAAUAGUGUCCUUUUGUUAUGCCUAUUGAAAGGGUGCUCAUGUGGAAACUGUGCAACAAUGCCUACAGAGCAGGAGAAUGUCUGCUGCCGGGAAAUACCACAGGUUCUAAGACGGAUGCAGCAGGUAGAUGACCAUAUGACCUGCAUGUUGGACCACCCUGGUUUAGAGCCUGUUUGCCUGAAUCCCUACUCUUUACAGAGGGAAUUCAACCACUACAGAGCAAAUUAUGGCCGUUUACAGAUCAGGGGAAUAGAGAAGCGUUUCAGCUAUGUGGGAUACCGAAGCUUUGUUGGAUGGUGUUGGGGCUUCCUUGGAUGGAGGGUACGGGUGGUUGUUCCAGCAUGUGUGGUGCUACGUAUACGCCGUGAAUUUCCGGAUCCAGAAGGCAGAUAUGUAGGAUUCAAGCUGCCCCCUCUUGAUUGA